AUGACUUUUCCUAAUUUCUUGAAAAUUGCUGUUGUUCCAACUAGUGGAUUAUUUAAAGUCGAAGUCACAGAAACAAAUGAAACAAAAGUUGUAGGAGGAACGGAAAAAACUUUUUUAGAAUUAUUAUCAGAAGUGUUGAAGUUUGAAUACGAAAUUAUAGUACCUCCUGAUGGUGAUUGGGGUAUUUAUGAAAAUGGAAAAUGGACUGGUGUGAUUGGAAAAGUGUAUUAUGGUGAAGCUGACAUUGGUAUUGGGAAAAUCUCAAUUACAGAUCAAAGGAAGAAGGUAGUUGACUAUAGCUAUCCGUAUGAUGUGGAAGAUCUCACUUUUGCUACAGCCAUUCCGAAAUAUCUACCAAAAACCACAGCUUUUAUAGCACCUUUUGAUACUUAUAUAUGGGGCACUCUUUUGAUUACCACCAUCAUUUUUCUUAUAGCGUUUCGCUUUUGUCAGAAAAAGAAACGAUCAUUCCAAAGAAUCGUUUUAAAAUUCGUCGGCUAUCUUCUUUUACAGCCUUUAGACGUUGAACCAGCUUCGAAAAGAAGCAGUUUGUUAGUUGUAACGUGGCUUUUGACAGCCAGAUUUCUUUCAUUUUUCUAUUCUGCUGCUCUUCUAGCUUUUCUGACCAUUCCACAGGAAGAAAACAGCGUUCGGACAAUUCCACAGCUUUCAGAAGCUAUCAAGAAUGGGAAGAUUCAAAGUAUGACGAUUAAAGGCGCCUCUUACACGAGCACGCUGCUGAAAAAUGAACAGGAAAUGAUUAAGUCUAACUCGAGCUAUUGUUCUGAAAAAAGGUUUCUGUUGCGGGCCAAAACUGGACAGGAUGAUUCUGAGAAUUUGUUCUGCGGGUAUUUAUACAAAGUUGCAGGAUGA